AUGACCGGAGGACAGACGCUCCAUUGCCUGGAGCCGGAGAUCGGCCAGGAAGUGGCGGCAGCGGUUAUCAAACUUCAUGGGAAGAUUUGGCACCUGAGCCUCGUCCCCAAUCGCGAUCUCGUGGACGCAAGGAAGCACACCGUACAGAACGUAAAAGAUCUCGUACACCCCAUCAAUCUCAUCGUCGAAAGUCUGGCGGGCACCGGAGCUCACAUCAGCGUGACCGCUCACAAAGGACCAGAUGGCACACCGUUCGGUAGCUUGCCCGAGUACAAAAGCAAAGGCGGCAUUGCCAUGGGUCUUGGGGAUCACUUCAUGGCCACCUAUAGGCACAUCAAAGCCGAGCAUGAAGCCGGCCACCGUACCAAAGGUGCGUUGGAGAACGUCCUUGAUGGGAUGUGGAAGAAGAAGACGGAUGCGAAGGGUUACAGUGACAGACUCCGAGAAGGGGAAAGGAAAGAGAGGGAGAAGAUGAAGACGGAUGCGAAGGAUUAUAGUGACAGACCAAGGGAAGGCGCAAGGAGAGAGAGGGAGAAAAUACGAAAGAGCGAACCAGAGCGUGUCAGAUGGACCGAACGGAAGCCUGAAAAGACGCGGGGCGAUGAAUCGAAACAAAAGGCUGCCGAAAAGGAAGCAAAGGAACGCCAUCGUCAUGAACAAGACGAGCGCCGCCGUGAAUACGAGAAACGACUUGAACACGAACAUCGUGAGAAACGACAACAUGAGGAAGACAGCAAGAAGAAUCGUAGCUCGCCGAUUCCUGAGAUUCGUGUUCAGCCCCCUACGGCUAGUGGGACUCCUCGCCGUGAACAAGACGAGCUUCGUGAGAGACAAAGGCAGGAUGAGAAGCGAAAGCAAAUUGAGGAACAAAGGCAGGAGGAGAAGCACUGGCAGGAUGAGAAGCGAAGGCAGGAUGAGAAGCGGAGGCAAGACGAGAAGCGAAGGCAGGAUGAGGAACGAAGGCAGGCCGAGAAGCGAAGGCAAGAGGAAGACAGGAAGAAGAACCUUAGCUCGCCGAUUCCCAAGUGGAACUUACAUUCCCCAGUCAACUCCGGUGGCUCGCAAUUCUCAGGCCCCUACUGCUCCGAAAUAUCCUCCUCCACCGGCUCCAAGACGGCCGAGCAGACCUAUCCGGCCCAAUACUCCUCCCAAUCGUACACCCCCAAUUGCUCUAGUAGCGCACGACCGGUAUGUGCCACCGGCCCAGCCUCCGGCGUCUGA